GCAGCUGGCAGUCGGGGCACGCGUGGGAAACGCUCGUGGGAGAGUUGGGGAGGCAUUGAGACUGGGAGCAGAGGGACAAGACGAGUGGAGCGGAGAGUGCUUGGCGGACGGGUGCCCCGAGGCCCGAGGAGUUGGUGCGAAGUCGGGGUGCCGGGAGUCCAAGACGCACCCCUUUGCAGAAGGAGCCCCCGCCCCGCUACCGCCUGCUCCGGGCAGCGGCGGUCGGGCAGUGGAUGCUGGCCGUCUUGGCCGGGAGGGUGACGCACGCCCGGAGGUGAUGGUGGAGGAGUCGGCCCGGGUUCGACGCCGGACUCCCACCCGCCGGCGCGCGGCCGUGGCUCUGCGGAGCGCUCCCCGCCAGGGGGCGGCGCAGCGCGGGGCAAGCGGGAGGCGACGGGCGGCGGCGCGGAGGCCCGGGCGGUGAGGGAGCUGGCUCCCAGUCGCCGACCUCACCUCAGCUCACCUGGGCUCGUUGUCGCCCCCGAGGAGCCUCCUGGAGUCCAGGAUCGGCGAAGUUCGCAAACGAACUUCCUACGUUUGCUAUGUUGCCCUUUGGAGACAAAACGAGAGAAAUGGUCAAUGCAUGGUUUGCUGAGAGAGUUCACACCAUCCCUGUGUGCAAGGAAGGUAUCAGAGGCCACACCGAAUCUUGCUCUUGUCCCUUGCAGCAGAGUCCUCGUGCAGAUAACAGUGCCCCUGGAACACCAACCAGGAAAAUCUCUGCCUCUGAAUUUGACCGGCCUCUUAGACCCAUUGUUGUCAAGGAUUCUGAGGGAACUGUGAGCUUUCUCUCUGACUCAGAAAAGAAGGAACAGAUGCCUCUAACCCCCCCAAGGUUUGAUCAUGAUGAAGGGGACCAGUGCUCAAGACUCCUGGAAUUAGUGAAGGAUAUUUCUAGUCAUUUGGAUGUAACAGCCUUAUGUCACAAAAUUUUCUUGCAUAUCCAUGGACUCAUUUCCGCUGACCGCUAUUCCCUGUUCCUUGUCUGUGAAGACAGCUCCAAUGACAAGUUUCUUAUCAGCCGCCUCUUUGAUGUUGCUGAAGGUUCAACACUGGAAGAAGCUUCAAAUAACUGUAUCCGCUUAGAAUGGAACAAAGGCAUUGUGGGACAUGUGGCAGCUUUUGGUGAGCCCUUGAACAUCAAAGAUGCAUAUGAGGAUCCUCGGUUCAAUGCAGAAGUUGACCAAAUUACAGGUUACAAGACACAAAGCAUUCUUUGUAUGCCAAUUAAGAAUCAUAGGGAAGAGGUUGUUGGUGUAGCCCAGGCCAUCAACAAGAAAUCGGGAAAUGGUGGAACAUUUACUGAAAAAGAUGAAAAGGACUUUGCUGCUUAUUUGGCAUUUUGUGGUAUUGUUCUUCAUAAUGCUCAGCUCUAUGAGACUUCGCUGCUGGAGAACAAGAGAAAUCAGGUGCUGCUUGACCUUGCUAGUUUAAUUUUUGAAGAACAACAGUCAUUAGAAGUAAUUCUAAAGAAAAUAGCUGCCACUAUUAUCUCUUUCAUGCAAGUGCAGAAAUGCACCAUUUUCAUAGUGGAUGAAGAUUGCUCCGAUUCUUUUUCUAGUGUGUUUCACAUGGAGUGCGAGGAAUUAGAAAAAUCAUCUGAUGCAUUAACAAGGGAACAUGAUGCAAACAAAAUCAAUUACAUGUAUGCUCAGUAUGUCAAAAAUACUAUGGAACCACUUAAUAUCCCAGAUGUCAGUAAGGAUAAACGAUUUCCCUGGACAACUGAAAACACAGGAAAUGUAAACCAGCAGUGCAUUAGAAGUUUACUUUGUACACCUAUAAAAAAUGGAAAGAAGAAUAAAGUUAUAGGGGUUUGCCAACUUGUUAAUAAGAUGGAGGAGAAUACUGGUAAGGUUAAGCCUUUCAAUCGAAAUGAUGAACAGUUUCUGGAAGCUUUUGUCAUCUUUUGUGGCUUAGGGAUCCAGAACACGCAGAUGUAUGAAGCAGUGGAGAGAGCCAUGGCCAAGCAAAUGGUCACGUUGGAGGUUCUGUCGUAUCAUGCUUCAGCAGCAGAGGAAGAAACAAGAGAGCUACAGUCGUUAGCGGCUGCUGUGGUGCCAUCUGCCCAGACCCUUAAAAUUACUGACUUUAGCUUCAGUGACUUUGAGCUGUCUGAUCUGGAAACAGCACUGUGUACAAUUCGGAUGUUUACUGACCUCAACCUUGUGCAGAACUUCCAGAUGAAACAUGAGGUUCUCUGCAGAUGGAUUUUAAGUGUUAAGAAGAAUUAUCGGAAGAAUGUUGCCUAUCAUAAUUGGAGACAUGCCUUUAAUACAGCUCAGUGCAUGUUUGCUGCUUUAAAAGCAGGCAAAAUUCAGAACAAGCUGACUGACCUAGAGAUACUUGCGUUGCUAAUUGCUGCACUAAGCCAUGAUUUGGAUCACCGUGGUGUGAAUAACUCUUACAUACAGCGAAGUGAACAUCCACUUGCUCAGCUCUACUGCCAUUCAAUCAUGGAGCACCAUCAUUUUGACCAGUGCCUGAUGAUUCUCAAUAGUCCAGGCAAUCAGAUUCUCAGUGGCCUCUCCAUUGAAGAAUAUAAGACCACGUUGAAAAUAAUCAAGCAAGCUAUUUUAGCUACAGACCUAGCACUGUACAUUAAGAGGCGAGGAGAAUUUUUUGAACUUAUAAGAAAAAAUCAAUUCAAUUUGGAAGAUCCUCAUCAAAAGGAUUUGUUUUUGGCAAUGCUGAUGACAGCUUGUGAUCUUUCUGCAAUUACAAAACCCUGGCCUAUUCAACAACGGAUAGCAGAACUUGUAGCAACUGAAUUUUUUGACCAAGGAGACAGAGAGAGAAAAGAACUCAACAUAGAACCCACUGAUCUAAUGAACAGGGAAAAGAAAAACAAAAUCCCAAGUAUGCAAGUUGGGUUCAUAGAUGCCAUCUGCUUGCAACUGUAUGAGGCCCUGACCCAUGUGUCAGAGGACUGUUUCCCUUUGCUAGAUGGCUGCAGGAAGAACAGGCAGAAAUGGCAGGCCCUUGCAGAACAGCAGGAGAAGAUGCUGAUUAAUGGGGAAAGCGGCCAGGCCAAGCGGAACUGAGUGGCCCAUUUCAUGCAGAGUUGAAGUUUACAGAGAUGGUGUGUUCUGCAAUAUUCCUAGGUUCUUACACACUGUCUGUAUACUGUCUGUAUUUGAUAUAUACUUUGCCACUGCUGUAUUUUUGUUUUUGCACAACUUUUGAGAGUAUAGCAUGAAAUGUUUUUAGCAGAAUAUUACAUAUUUUUUGCAUAUUUGUUUUAUGCCACUGACUGAACUAAAAUGAUCAACAACAUCCACUCUUAGCACCUCGAUAAAAGCAUUGUUUGUGGUAUUUCAUGUACUGCAAAGUGUAAGUGGUAUUCUUGCACUGAGGUUUUUUUUGCUUGGGGUUUUUAAAUAAUUGGUUUUUGUGUUUUCUGAAUUAUCAGUUUUUCAAGAAUGUUUGGAAUCUUUCCUUUUUCAAAAGUAGGUUAGGAGCAAAUUAUCAUACAUUCUGUGACAUUUAAAGCCUUUAUAGGAUAGUGGAAAAUGCUGGCUGAGUAGAUGUUAAGGAGAAAUAAUUGUAUUUGUCAACAAUGUCUUUUGUAAAAAGUUCAGGUAUUCUGAAACAAAUGGGAAGUACAAUGAAACUGUAUUGUAAAGAAAAUAUAUUAUUUAAUUGAUUUGCUGUUUUGUGAGAGAACAGGCAAGAGAGAACUUUGUCAUUUCGGUGCAGUACAUUUUUCUAAAGGCUACCCAUACAAUCACUUCCAUCUCACCUACCUGAAGCAAAGCAGGUGAAACCUUAGGAGAUGAUCCAGUGACUGACUUUAUUGAAGGAUAAGUGUGCUCUAGAAAUGGAACGGUCAUGGAUGUCUAUCAGAGAAG